AUGCCAGCACGAAAGCGAACCAAAAAUCCAGUUCCUCAGGUUCCGAAAUCUGAACCGCUAACAAUGGCUGAGCCAUCGUUUGGUCGAUCUCAUCGAGUGCUUGAGGAAGAGAUUCAAGGCUAUCCAGAAGUCCAACGCAAUGAGUUUCUCACUACGAGAGCAAUUUAUCCUGAUGAUUUUGAGGUUAUCCACGGACGCAAAAACGCUUGGCAGACGCGGGAUAACUUAGCGUUUCAAGUGCGAGUAGGAUCCUUGGAAGAUAAAGAUUACUUCGUGAAACUCAUUUUCGAGUUCCCGCCAGAAUACCCCAAAGUACCGCCCAAGAUCAAUAUUGUGGCGAUACAACCAAAAGACCAUGAACUGACUAAGCAAAUUGAGCACAUAAUCACAACAUAUCCAGCCUUGUAUCAAGGAACCGAGUCCGUCUAUGAAGUCAACAAUGCCAUAAUGGAUCUACUUGACCAAACAAUCACGGCCAAAGCCGCAAGCAAAACUGAAUUUAGCCUUGAAGAAGAACGCGCAGCACGUGAAGCCACGGAAAAGAAAAUGCUUCAAGAGCGAGAAGAGCAAAUUCAAAAACAGAAGGCUGAAGAGGCUGAGAAGCAAGAACGCUUUCUAGUCUCUCAGGUUGAAAGUGAAAAAAAGCGCCGCCAAAAAUCUACCCUUUCGAGGAAAACCACUGCCGAGGACAAUGCCAAUCUUUAUGACGUCCCCGAAGAACCUGUCAGAUUCGAUCAGUCGAUGGUUGCUAGAGAUAUAGUCACCAACGCCCCCUUCAAAUUCAAAGCUGUCUCCGGAAGAAGUGUCAUUCUCAAACGCAAGGACAAGAAGGUGACAAUUGUGGCACCACGGGUGGACGUCGAUCUAGUCCAAGCACCACAGUUGCUCUUGAAACAAAUAUAUAUUCCAGAGUCCAUUGCUCCCAAAGCAGAUAUGCACAAAUGGAUGGAGGAGAUAGAGCAACUUCUUGAGUCAUCAAAAGAGCACCACAAUCAGAAUGUGGUAGACCUUAUCAACUACAGGAUGGAAUAUGUGAAUCUCAAGGAUGGUUCAGCGGUGUGGAAUCUUGCAAUAUUGUCAGAAUAUGCGAACAAAGGAUCACUAUCAGAUUUACUUGAGCUUUCGGGCCCACUCAACGCAAACAAGAUCCGCUCAUGGGGUCGGCAACUGGUGGAUGCAUUGAUGUUCUUCGAUCAGCAAGGUUAUGUUCAUCCAGCUGUCCACGCGAAGAACGUACUGAUUUUCUUGUCCUCAAGUGGUGGCAUAACCGUGAAGUUAUCAGAUGGAUACGGUACAAAGCUUCGAGAUCUUGUCAAUAAGGCCCGUGAUCCUGCCGCUACUGUAGGACGCGAUUCACCUCUUUGGGUCGCCCCAGAGCUAAAUGGCAAUAAUCCUACACGCACAAACAAGACCUGUAUCUGGGACCUCGGAAAGAUUAUCUUGCAAAUGGCACUCGGGAACAAUUUCCAGGAACAAUACACCUCACCGAUUCAAGUUCUGGAAGGUACCGACCUAGAAGACAGUUCUGAAAAAUUGCUGGAGCAUCUUUUCCAGCAUAACCCGGUCAAGCGCCCAACUCCUUUCGAAUUGUCUCAUAGGGACUUCUUCCGAAAAACACACGAGGCCAUAUUUCGGAGAGAGUCACCCAACUUGCCUGGGACACCGUUGCGCCAGAGACGGCAGAGCAACAAGACUGAUAGCAAGUAUCAUAAUGAAUGGGAGGAAAUUGAGAAGCUUGGAAAGGGAGGCUUUGGCAAAGUCGUUUGUGCACGCCAAAAGCUGGACGGCCAAUUCUACGCUGUCAAAAUAAUUGAGAGUACAUCGCCGCAAGAACUGAACGAUAUUGUCGGUGAAGUCACGUUGCUAGCGAAGCUCAAUCAUCCAUACAUCGUCAGAUACUACAAUUCCUGGAUCGAGAACGAUGAUCUGAACCUGGGACGACCUGCACCUCGGGCGAAGGGCAAGCAACAAGUUGUUUCCAGACGACAAGCUAUGCCUCUGAGCACCGGUCAUGACUUCAUGGAGCCUUCAAUCUAUCGAAAUCAAGGGGCUGAGUACAGUGAUUCGAGCGGUGGGCUGUUUGGAUAUCAAGAUCCUCCUUCAUUAAAUGAGCAAGAUGGCUGGGAUAACGAGGACGAUGUCUUUGGCACAGACCCCGAACAUGCAACAGAUCAAGAUCCCACCUCAUUCGAUGAACACACUGGCGAAAGUCCUCCUACAGAUCCUUUUGCUCGUUCCUCCACGGAUGCACUCUAUACAGACUCUUCAGGACCUCGUUCUAUGCAUCCCUUCCGACCACCAACCCCACCAUCUGUGCAACUCCCAGAGAAAGCUAUGCUAUAUAUCCAAAUGGAGCUUUGCGACAAGCGGACAUUGUUCAAUCGAAUCGAUGAAGGCUUGCAUCGUGAUCUGGAUAUGGUCUGGCGCUUGUUCCGGCGUAUACUCGAAGGUCUCGCUCACGUUCAUAGUAUCGGCGUGGUGCAUCGAGAUCUCAAGCCUGCUAACGUGUUUCUUGACUCUCAUGAUAACCCUAAGAUUGGCGAUUUUGGGCUUGCUACCACUGGCCAAGCAACGUCCAAAGCGAAACAGGCUGAAGCAGGAAUGAUCAUUGGAAGAUCCACUGGGGUCGGCACAAAAGGAUAUACUGCUCCGGAGCUGUACCACCACGGCAAUAAGUACGACGCAAGAGCGGAUAUGUACUCCCUUGGCAUCAUGUUUUUCGAAAUGUGCUGCCCCUUCCGAUCGGAUAUGGAGAGAUCAGUACUCCUAGACGCGCUCAGAAAACCAAAUCCAACCCUCCCUGACAUUUUUGACACAGAACCCUACCGCAAGCAAGGCGAGAUCAUCCGCAAACUGGUACAACACAAGGUCAGCCUGCGACCACAAGCAGCAGAACUAUUGGUCAGCGAUUUGAUACCUGAGCCGCUGGAAGAUGAGAAAUUUCAACGCUACAUUGACCGAGUUGCCGCAGAGAAUCCGGCGGAAUAUCAAUCCUGGGUCACCAAACUUUUUGCGCACAAAAAUAGUGCAGUCUCAAACCUUGCCUGGGAAGACAAGAAUGCCGUCAGCGUCUCAUUUGGGGAAUCAAUGUUGUUAAUGUCUAUGAGUGAUCAACUGCGCGAUAUUUUCCGCCGACACGGUGCCACUGAACAAAGUCGACAAGGCAUAUUCCCGAAAGCAGAAUCUUACGAAAAGGCUUCUAUAUUCGUUGAUCCCGCUGGACUAGUGGUUCAACUUCCAGCCGAUCUUACGCUCCCUCUUGCGCGAUCACUUGGACAAACACGCUGCCGAUAUACCAAGACUUACUGCUUUGGUCAAGUUUACCGGACUACUGCACCAGGACAAGAGCCAUUGCAGUUUCCGGAGGUUGAUUUCGAUAUUGUAUCACACAAUGCUCGAGACUUGAAUAUCAAAGAAGCUGAGGUGAUCAAGGUUCUUGACGAGAUUCUCGUCGAAUUUUCAGCAUUGGCAAAUCGAUCCUGGACGAUUUAUCUCAAUCAUGGUGACUUGCUCGACAUUGUUUUGGAUUCAUGUCGCAUCAAGCACAAUAACUUUGCGAAAGUAAAACAAGCACUUUCCCACCUCAAUGUUGGCAGUACCACUUGGAAGGAAGUGCGAGAACUACUGCGUGGUUCAGCUCUAAACAUUCCAGAGACCUGUGUGUCAGACCUUUCUAGAUUCAACUGCGAAGGUACGUUGGACGAUAUACGAACCAAAUUUACCAAGCUCUUCGGUGAAAGCGAACAUCUCAGCAGGGCUCUACCACACUUGACUCGGCUCGAAGAACUUGUUAAAUUCAUCAAGAGGAUGAAUGUCCAGACUGAAAUCCGAAUCGCUCCUCUCAGUAAUAAUUCAGAACAUCUCUAUCGAGGAAGCAUCGUUUUUCAAUGCAUUGAGACUAGCACGAGAAAAGUGCUCGCGGUGGGAGGAAGGUACGACGCGUUGAUCGCCGAGUAUCAAACCAAGCCUGAAAGAGGUUCAGUCCGAGCUGUUGGCCUCCGAUUGAACGUCUCCGACCUCAUCAGCUACACGAGGACUCAGGCCCAGAGUCUACUGGGUGGCAAACCGUCACGAUCUGCAGCGAUGGACCCCAAGGCUGCAUCAGCUCUCACCCGAUGUGACAUCGUUGUCACUAGUUUUGACCCAAGCACGUUGAGAACCACGUGCGUUGACGUCGUAUCAACGUUAUGGGGGGCCGGCUUUAGUGCCGAGUUGUCAGAAGAAUCUCGCUCCCUUGAGGAGCUAGAGAUGGCGUGUAAGGACAACGUUGGAUACUGGGUGGUCAUUGUGAGGGGCGGAGCAGGAGAUCGGGGGUUGAAAGUGAGGAGCCCGUCGAAGGAGGAAGACGAGGUUCGGGCGGGUGAGUUAGUGGCGUUCUUCCGUCGCAACCUACGACGGAAGUAG